GGAAACCCAGGUGACGAGAAGCGGGAGAAAUAAAGAUGGCGGCAAGUCCUGGUGGAGAGGAAGACUCGGUGUAUGACACAGGAAGACUGUCAUUAUUUGAUCUUAUCUUAGAGAGAACCCGUGCCCAAAACAAGAAACAACUUGUCCAUCGUCUAGUUUAUGUGUCAAAAAUCCGUCAGGACGUAAAUGACAGAAAAGAUAUCGGAGCUCACUAUGAAAGACUUUUUAAGGAACUACAAACACAAGUCCAUGGAGAAGCUGUCACAGGACUGCUUCUGAUUUAUCCUGUUCAUAUAAUUCAUGUUGUAGAGACAUCUUACAACAUGCUCCUUAAAGUUAUAGAAGAUUUGGAAGAAGAUGAACAGAGUAUCAGUGGUAUGCUACUGAACACAAAAAUACUUGUUUGUACUGGUGAUCUAAACAAUCGUUUAUUUGGACAGUGGAGUUUUAGAACUCUCAACCUUGCUGUAUCGAGGAUGCAAGAGUUUACUACAAAUGAACCUAUAGAUGUUGUGGUCACAGAAGCUCUGACACUUGUCAUCAAACUAGCAGAAUAUUUGGCAAAACUCCCAAAGAUUAGCCUUACAAACACCAUGGAUCAAUUACCUGAAAAAGUACCAGACCUCUUAGUGAGACAAGAUCUGAUCGAGUACAUUUUGAAUUCUCAAGAGCUCAACACGCCCACGCUGUACCUUAAACGGUACACAACACCAGUGGAUAUUGUACUGGAAAGUGAAAUGGCGUGGCCUAUGCAGACGCGACUAUUUCCAUUGAGUUAGCAUUGAGUUAGCGUUGUACGUGAAGGAUUGUAUUUGUUGAUGUAUUCUGUAAAUUGUCACGUGUAAAUAAAUCUCUGUGUUCUGAUGUUCACAUUGAGGUAUUCAAAUACAGAUUCAGGAGCAGGCUGAAAAUA